AUGCUAACUGAUAGUUGCUUUUUGGUUUAUGUUCAUAGCCGUCGGUCUGGCCAGUAUACAAUGAACCAUGACCAUUCCAAGAAGACCCCCGAUGGAGCAUCGUUUGAUCGGUCAGGAUCCCAGGACUCCUUGGAUGAACUGUCUAUGGAUGACUACUGGAAAGAACUUGAAAACAUCCAUGCAACUAGAGGAAAUAACCAUGAGGAACGAGUAGCGCUUGUAGUGAAAGAGCCAGAUGAGGGAGAACUGGAAGAAGAAUGGCUGAAGGAGGCAGGUCUGUCAAAUCUGUUUGGCGAGAGCUCUGGUGACUCCCUGGAAAGCGUGGUGUUUCUGUCUACACUGACCCGAACCCAGAAGGCAGCAGUAGAAAAGCGAGUAGAGACUGUCACACAAACCAUGAGGAAAAAAAACAAACAGCACCAGAUUCCUGAUGUCAGAGACAUCUUCAGGUUACAAAAUGACUCAAAGGGAAAAGUCUGUGAUGAAAGUGAAUCCUCAACUGUGAGAACAGCUGAAAACAAAAAUGAAGCACAAGAUGAAACAAAAGGUCCAAAGUUCAGUCUUGGAAAGGAUGAGCAGAAGAGCUCACUUGAAGACAUGCCAUUUUCGGACACUGACAUCAAUUUGGAGAUACCAUUUGCAGAACAGGCAGCUAAUCUCAAAGAGAGUUCAGUAGGCAAAAUGUGCAAGGGUGGAGGGGGUGACACUCUUCUCCCGAAUUUCAGGCUGCCGAAGGACAAAACAGGUACCACAAAGAUUGGUGACCUGGCUCCUCAGGACAUGAAGAAAGUCUAUUCUUUAGCACUGAUUGAAUUAACUGCUCUCUAUGACAUACUCGGGACAGAAUUCAAGCAGCAAAAAGCUGUAAAAAUCAAAACCAAAGACUCUGGCUUGUUUGGUGUCCCACUGUCAGUUUUACUGGAACAGGAUCAGAAGAAGGUGCCAGGGACCAAGAUCCCAUUGAUUUUUCAGAAGCUCAUUGCCCAGAUAGAAGAGACAACUCUGGAAACAGAAGGACUUCUUAGAAUACCAGGAGUUGCAACAAGAGUAAAGAGUCUUUGCCAAGAACUGGAAGCAAAAUUUUAUGACGGGACUUUCAACUGGGAGAACGUAAAGCAACAUGAUGCAGCAAGUCUUUUAAAACUCUUCAUCCGUGAACUUCCUCAGCCACUCCUCACUGUAGAAUAUCUCAAAGCUUUCCAAGAUGUACAGAAUCUUCCAACGAAGAAGCAGCAACUGCAAGCUUUGAAUCUUUUGGUUCUCCUUCUGCCUGAAGCAAACAGAGACACUCUGAAGGUACUGCUUGAAUUCCUCCAAAGAGUAAUUGAUCAUCGAGACAAAAAUAAAAUGACGUUAAAGAAUGUUGCGAUGGUGAUGGCCCCAAACCUUUUCACGUUUCAUGGGCUUGGCUCAAAGACUAUUGAACAAAGCGAGUUUGUUAUGGCAGCUGGAACAGCAAAUGUCAUGCGCUUUAUGAUUCAGUACCAAAAACUUCUCUGGACAAUUCCUAAGUUUAUUGUUAACCAAGUGAGAAAACAAAACACUGAAAGCCAGAAGAAGGAGAAAAAGGACAAAGCUAUGAAGAAACUUCUGAAGAAGAUGGCAUAUGACCGGGAAAAGCAUGAGAAACAGGAGAAGACCCCUAAUGAU